CUCGGUUCGAAAAACGUCGGACAGUUCAUCGAUUGGACGCAAGGUCGUUUUUUAAGGCGGAUUCCUUCAGUUUGUACGGCAACUUCGCGGGAUGAGCGUGGGACCAAUGGCGCUCCUCGUUAAAGCUCUCGGCCGCGAGCUGCGGACCAGUAUGCGGUCCUACAGCUCCGGUGCCCCCGCUGUAAAAAUGUACAUCGAUGGACAAUUCGUGGACUCCGAGAGCACGGAGUUCACGGACGUUCAUGACCCAGCGACGAAUCGGUUGCUCUGCCGCACCCCGAAAUCUACCAAAGAAGAGAUGGAGAGAGCCGUGGAGUGUGCGAAAACGGCUUUCCAGAAGUGGAAGAACACCAGCGUCUUGACCAGACAGACUUUGAUGCUGAAGUACCAAGCCCAAGUCCGCGAGCAUUCGAAACAAAUUGCCGAGAUCAUUGUCCAGGAAAAUGGGAAGACCAUGGCGGACGCCGAAGGCGACGUUCUUCGGGGUCUACAGGUGAUAGACGCCUGCACAGCCAUUCCCAUCCUGCAAAUGGGGGAAUCCGUGCCCAACAUCGCCACGGACAUGGAUACCAUCUCGUACAAAGUCCCCAUCGGCGUGACGGCCUCGAUUUGCCCGUUCAACUUCCCAGCAAUGAUUCCUUUAUGGUCUUUCCCGGUUACCGUUGCAUGCGGAAACGCUGCCAUCCUGAAGCCGUCGGAAAGGGUCCCAGGAGCGUCCAUGAUUCUGGCCGAUUUGUUCGCCAAAGCUGGCGCACCGCCAGGGCUGCUCAAUGUCAUCCACGGCCAGCAUCAGGCGGUUGAUUUCAUCUGCGAACACCCCGAUAUCAAAGCUGUAUCUUUCGUCGGCUCCGAUCCAGCGGGGAAACACAUCUACAAGUUAGCCAACGAGCACGGCAAGCGUGUCCAGUGCAACAUGGCGGCGAAGAACCAUUGCGUGGUGAUGCCGGAUGCCAACAGGAAGAUGAGCCUGUCGCAGAUCGUGGGGGCAGCGUUCGGUGCCGCUGGCCAGAGGUGCAUGGCCCUCUCCGUGGCUAUUUUCGUGGGCAAGUCCGGAGAAUGGAUACCAGAGUUGGUGGAAGCCGCGAGGAAGCUAAAGGUGAACGCUGGCCACGUGCCAGGUACUGACUUGGGACCGGUCAUAUCUCCCCAGUCCAAGACCAGAAUUCGCGAUUUAGUGGAUUCCGGGGUGAAGGAUGGAGCGUCUCUUGAUCUGGAUGGAAGAGAUAUCGUCGUUCCGGGCUACGAAACCGGGAACUUCGUGGGCCCGACCGUCUUAUCUGGCGUCAAGCCGUUUAUGAAGUGCUACACGGAGGAGAUCUUCGGUCCAGUUCUCUGCUGCUUGAGCGCCGGCACGCUGGACGAGGCCAUUGAAAUAAUUAAUAGAAAUCCCUACGGGAAUGGGACAGCCAUCUUUACGACCAAUGGAGCGACUGCUAGGGCCUUCGUCAACAGGAUUGAGGCAGGUCAAGUCGGCGUCAAUGUACCGAUCCCGGUACCCCUGCCAAUGUUCAGCUUCACCGGCAAUAAGGGAUCCUUCCUCGGUGACAACCACUUCUACGGGAAAUACGGCAUCAACUUCCACACGCAAACGAAAACGGUGACCCAACUCUGGAGGUCCAGCGAUGCCACCGAUACCGUUGCCUCCACUGCUAUGCCAACAAUGCAGUGACGAUCUCAUCUUCUUCGCUCUUAAGAUCUCUCACGGUUAUUCGGGAUGUGCGAUUAGUAUUUUAUUCAAUGGACAAUAACUAAAAAUUACGAAUGCAUUUAUUUCAUAUCGAGGGAACAGGACCCAAAAAAAGAUCUUCCGCUUUUGAAAGGUUACUGCCACGCCGUCGUCUUCCAUUGUCAGGUUCCUAAGGUAUAAGAUUUCCAGUUUUGUUACGAAGCGCUUGUUAUAGGAAUAAAGCUAUUUUUAUAGAAUCAUGGGAAA